AUGUUAUCACAAUAAGAUUAAAACUAAUAUUCAGAGGCAAUUUAGAAAUUAGAGUUAUUUAUUAGUUGUCGCUAAUUAGAUGACUUGGACACAACAAGUGUAAGUGAUCCAUAUGUUAUUCUUUAUAUAAAAAGCAAUAAAGAUGAUUGUAAUAUUAUGUAAUAAAGUAAAUAGGGAGCAAGAUAGGAUAGACAGAAUUGAUAUGGAAUAAUUUAAAUCCUAAUUUUGCAAAUUCGAUUAUAAUUGAUUAUCAUUUUGAAGUUUAAUAGCAUCUAAAAUUAGAAGUUCAUCAUUAUGUUAAUGAAAAUCAAUCAAAAGUAUAAAAAUUAUCACUAUUUAUAGAUAAUUGGAAUAGCAUAAACUUCAGUAGGAGAGAUUGCAGGAACAAAAGAUUAAUUAUUGAUGGCAGAUUUAUUUAAUUAAUAAGGAAAAAAGAGUGGAAAGAUAAUUGUAAAGGCAGAUUAAGUAAAAUAAUGUAAAGAUGAUUUGGAAAUAACAAUAUCUGGUUAAAAUAUACUUGAUACUCGAUUUUGGUUUUGGCGUGGGGCUUGUCCAUUUUUGAGAUUUUAUAGAUUAAGGAAAGAUGAUAGUAAUCCAAUUUUAGUUUAUGAAACAGAAUAUAUAAAGGAUUCUUCAAAUCCAGUAUGGAAAACUAUAGAAUGUAAAUCAUAGAAACUUUGUAAUGGAGAUUAUUAGAUGCCUAUAAAGAUAGAACUUUGGGAUUAUAGAACAUCAGGAAAACAUUUAUAUUUAGGGGAAACAACAUUUUGUAUAGAAGAAUUGAGAGAAGCUUUUUAAUAAAAUAAGGGUUAAAAAAAAGACUUUAGAAAUAAAUAAAAAAAUAAUUAAUAGGUAGGAACUUUAUCUUUUGAUAAAUUUAAUUUAAAAUAAAAACAUAGUUUUUUAGAUUAUUUAGAGGGUGGUUAAUAAUUGAAUUUGAUAAUUGCAAUAGAUUUCACAGCAUCAAAUGGCAAUCCAUAAGAGAAAAAUUCAUUACAUUAUAUGCCAUAAAAUGGAGAUCCAAGUUAAUAUUUAUAGGCAAUAACAAGUGUAGUGGAGAUUUUAAUACAUUAUGACUAUGAUAAAAAGGUGCCAAUUUAUGGUUUUGGAUGUAAACCAAAAUUAAAGAAUAUAAAUUCUAAUUAAACAUAACAUAUAUUUCCUUUGAAUGAUAAUCCAGAAGAUCCUGAGUAUAAAAUAAUAUAAAAUUAAUUUUAGAGUAUUUGGAUUAGAGGGUAUAAUUAAAUGUUAUAGAGAUUCAAUUAAUAAUUUAUAAUUAGAUGGUCCAACUUAUAUACAUCCAAUGAUAUCAAAAUCAAUGUAGAUGGCUUAAGAAAUAAAAGAUAAGGGAAGUGAAAACUAUUUAAUAUUAAUGAUUCUAACAGAUGGAUAAACAGAUGAUUUAUAAGCAUCAAUAGAUGAUGUUAUAGCAUCGUCUUAUCUACCAUUAUCAAUAAUAAUUGUUGGAAUAGGGAAUGCAGAUUUCAAAAAGAUGAAUAUAUUAGAUAAUGAUGAUAAAACUAUGUUAAAUAGUAAAGGUUAGAAAGCUGUAAGAGAUUUGGUUCAAUUUGUUGCAUUCAAUUAAUUUAAACAUGAUUCAGCACUUUUAUCAAAAGAAGUAUUAGCUGAAUUACCUGAUUAAUUAGUUGAGUACAUGGAAUUAAUGAAAAUAGAUCCAAAACCUCCAACAUGUAAAAUAUAUAAAAUUAUUUAAUAGAUAAAUAGAAUUAAUAGUAUCAAUAACAUUUUCAAUAAAUGGUAUUAAAAUAAAACAAGUAAUAGUAGUAGAAGAUAGAAUGA